GGUGCAUCAGUUGAAGGUCAGGAGAACAUUCAAGAAAUAUUAAUGAAGCAACUGGUACUGUGUCAAUACUUGUGUGCUCUAUCCAUACUGAGAACUGGUGGACAUUUUGUCUGUAAAGUGUUUGACAUGUUCACUCCAUUUAGUGUUGGCCUGUUCUAUCUUCUUUACCGCUCGUUUGAGCAAGUCUGCAUAUUCAAACCAGUAACUAGCAGACCAGCCAAUUCAGAGAGGUAUGUGGUAUGUAGAAGCCUCAAGGAAGACAAGCAAUCUGUUAACCAAUAUUUAUUUAUUAUAAAUGAAACUAUUCAUGAACUAAGACAAGACGAAGAAGAAGAGAAAGAUAUUUUAGAGGUUGUUCCUAAUAAUUUAUUACAGACCGAACCAUUCUACACUUACAUUACUGACAGUAAUGACCGGGUUAAACCAUAUUAUCGCGUUGUUGACAUGAUAUCAACUUUUGGAGACUUGAGAUUACGUAACUGCAAAGGGUUAGGGGACGUACCUACAUUAGAUGUCUCACAUGACGAGUGGUUUAUAGCACCCAUUGGAGUUAUAUUCUGUAAAGUAUUACAAGAGCCGUGGCAGCUUCAUUUCAGUCAAUCAAGUGGUAGACUGUACUUUUUUAAUUAUAAAACGAACAAAAGCUCAUUCGAACCACCCAGAGAAUCAAUCUCACCAUUCCU